AGAACCGUCAGUACAGAGACAAUAGAGGUGGAAAUAUCCGAUCACCUACCAAUAUUUGGAAUUUUCCAAGACUUAGAAACGUAUUUUCCGGAAACUGGUAAAAUAUCAUUUCGUGACUACUCCAAACUUGAUAUAAUCAAAUUUAAAAAUGAACUUGAAAGUCAGAACUGGUCCGAUGUGUAUAAUAGUAACGAUGUUGAUAAUGUAUAUGACGCAUUCUCUGGCACUUUUUUGAAUAUUUGUAACAAACAUGCCCCUCUCAUUACCAAACAAAUUGGUUCCCGCACUAUCCCCAAAAAUCCCUGGUUAACUAUAGAGUUAAAAAGGGCAAUAAAUAAAAAACAUAAAUUGUUUUCAAAAAUGGUUAGAUGUAAUUAUAAUGCGGACAGCGUGGCUAAAUAUAAACGCUAUAGAAAUUAUGUGACAAAUGCUCUAAGAGAUGCCAAACGUAAUUUCUAUUCAGAACAGUUUGUUGAAUAUAAUGGGAAAACCGAUAAAACCUGGAAAAUAAUAAAUGAAAUAUUAGGAAGAGGACAUUCAAAAACAAAAUUACCGGACCACAUUGAUGUCCAUUGCCCUGGUAGCAACCUUACGACUACACUGAAUGACCAAGAUGCAAUUGUGAAUGGGUUCAAUAACUUUUUUACCAGAGUUGGGGUGAACCUUGCAAACGAAAUCCCACCACGUACAUUAGACAUUUACAAUGCACAUGUGACAAAUUCAUUUUUCUUGCAUGGUACCACAGCUCAUGAAGUGUCAGAUAUAUUGAGAGGGUUAGAUAAAAAGAAGGCAGUUGGUUAUGAUCAAAGAAGUGCUAAGCUACUCAUACAUACAGCGGAGUAUAUUUCUAAGCCCCUCUCUCACAUUAUAAAUCUUUCAUUCUCUUCUGGUUCGUUUCCAAAUGCUCUUAAAAUAGCAAAGGUUACCCCUAUCUUUAAAAAGGGAACUCCUUUUGACCCUGGUAAUUUUAGACCUGUCUCAGUACUGCCCCAAUUAAGUAAAUUAUUCGAGAAAAUAAUCAACAAACAAUUAACUGUUUAUUUGAAUAAAUUCAAUAUAUUUUAUUCCAAGCAGUACGGUUUUAGAGAAAAAUUUAGUACAAAACUCUCUGUUAUAGACCUAGCACAAAAGAUAUUAGAUGAAAUUGAUCAAGGGAAUGUAGUUCUUGGAGUUUUCUUAGAUCUUAGAAAGGCGUUCGACACUGUUAAUCACUCAAUUUUACUCAGAAAAUUAUCUGGAUAUGGUAUUCGAGGUCUACCUUUGGACUUGAUCGAGAGCUAUUUACAAAAAAGGGAACAACAU